AAUCAAAAGACCCAAGGAUCGCCAUGUACGGCACCGUGAGCUCCAGUACGAGCGCCAGCAACUCGCGCGACCUGGCGCCGCCACCUCCAACGCCGUCGCCAUUCCGCUACCACGUCCGCGAGGGCGACACGCUGGUCAGUAUAGCGCUCAAGACGCAGACGACGGAGGCGGCGCUACUGGCGCUGAAUCCGCUGCUGGGCCGCAAGAAGCGGCACGUCAAGCUUUACCCGGGCCAGCAGCUCGUCGUGGAGGAAGCGCACGCCGUGUCUUUGCCACCGCCACCUGAAUGCAUCGACAAUGGCUGGGGUCAGAUGCACCUCGUGCGCUCUGGCGAGACGCUGCGAGGCAUCGCGGCACUGUACAACACAACGGAGGAGAUUUUACGCCAGGACAACCGCCGGUACUUCCCCACGGGUGAGCGCAGCUUGCUGUGUCCCGGUCAACUGCUGCACGUGCGACUGAUGAACACUGGCGAGAUGGAGAAGGACGAUCCUGUGGCUAGUAGCGACGCAGACGCGAAGGCCUCAGCUUUAAACGCCAUAAGCGAACACGAAGUCACGUACACAGGGACAUCGGCCGCCUUCGCACGGUACAAGACACACCUGGUCGCUCACACGGACACCUUUGAGUCCAUUUGCAAGAGCUACAUCAUUCCAUACUCUCAUUUCCUGCAGAUUAACCGUGGCCGAUACCCCGUCGGCAAACGUGCAGAACUCGUGCCUGGAGAACGAGUAAUCGUGCCGGAUCUCUUAGCGGCGCAACAAGCGGCCAGUCGACGCAACAUCGCCGAAGUGAAACUCACCAAACAAAUUCACGUCGUGGAGCCUGGCGACACUCCCGAAGACUUGGCCAAACGCUACGACAUGACGUACGACGAAAUGCGCGAGUACAACCGCGCCUACUUUCCCAAAGGAUACCGCGGCGAGAUCCGCCCCGGCUACAAACUAGUUGUCAAGCGGCCCGAAAGCAGCGAGUCCCCGCAACUGCUACGUCAUAGCGACUAUCGGGACAUCGACGCUACUAGCAGUCCCUAG